GGGAGGGGCCAGGAAAGCGCGCCUUCGGGGGAGUGGGUGGGACCAGGUUAAAGAGCGUGGCGUCACAUCCGGCAGUGUUAGACCGGUGCGGAGGUGGUGCGGAGCGUGUCGGCUUCGAGCUCCUCGCAAAAGUGUGGCGUCGCGCUAGGCUGCGGCGGAGCCUCUGUAAGGAAGGCGGGAGCUUGACAGCUUCAGGAAAGGCCCGUAGCGGUGACAGCGACCCGGAGUCAUGAGCGACAGCGGCGAGCAGAACUACGGCGAGCGGGUUAAUGUUGAAGAAGGAAAAUGCGGAAGUCGUCAUUUGACAAGUUUUAUAAAUGAGUAUUUGAAGCUCAGGAAUAAGUGAAGCUGAAAUUUGAAAAAAUAAAAGAAAGAAUGCAUGCUAAUUAUCAGACCAGAAGUCCCACUUGUAGAAUAUUGAGCAAUUUGUGUGAAGUGGGGAAGAUGAAAGAAGUCAGAAUUUGAAACGGAAGAAUGAAGAAAAGAAAUAAAAAUGAAGUUAAGAUAAGAAGUAAUCUGGAAUCAGAAAGCACUACGCUAAGAAUCCCGUUCUGCUUCCCGAAGUGGAAGUGCUCACGGAUCGGGGAAAUCUGCACGGCAUACACCUGCAAGGUCUCGCUCCAAGGAAGACUCAAGGCGUUCUAGAUCAAAGUCCAGGUCCAGGUCUGAAUCUAGGUCUAGAUCCAGAAGAAGUUCUAGAAGGCAUUAUACAAGGUCACGAUCACGAUCUCGCUCGCAUAGACGAUCCCGGAGCAGGUCUUACAGCCGAGAUUAUCGCAGGCGCCACAGCCACAGCCAUUCUCCCAUGUCUACUCGAAGGCGUCAUGUUGGGAACCGGGCAAAUCCUGACCCCAACUGUUGUCUUGGCGUGUUUGGGUUGAGCUUAUACACCACAGAAAGAGACCUAAGAGAAGUGUUCUCUAAAUAUGGCCCCAUUGCUGAUGUGUCUAUUGUAUAUGACCAGCAAUCUAGACGUUCAAGAGGAUUUGCCUUUGUAUAUUUUGAAAAUGUAGACGAUGCCAAGGAAGCUAAAGAACGUGCCAAUGGAAUGGAGCUUGAUGGGCGUCGAAUUAGAGUCGAUUUCUCUAUAACAAAAAGGCCCCAUACCCCAACACCAGGAAUUUAUAUGGGGAGACCCACUUAUGGCAGUUCUCGCCGCCGAGACUAUUAUGACAGAGGGUACGAUCGGGGUUAUGAUGACCGGGACUAUUACAGCAGAUCAUACAGAGGAGGAGGUGGUGGAGGAGGUGGAUGGAGAGCAGCUCAAGACAGGGAUCAGAUUUACAGAAGACGGUCACCUUCUCCUUACUACAGUCGUGGAGGAUACAGGUCACGUUCUCGAUCACGAUCCUACUCACCUCGUCGCUACUAAAGCAUGAAGUUGAAGACUUUCUGAAACCUGCCAUAGAGCUGGGAUAUUGUUUGUGGACAAUAUUUUCUAUUGUCUCCUGUUUAAAAAGUGAACAGUGCCUAGUGAAGUUAGGUGACUUUUACACCUUUUAUGAUGACUACUUUUGGUGGAGUUGAAAUGCUGUUUUCAUUCUGCAUUUGUGUAGUUCGGUGCUUUGUUCAAAGUUAAGUGUUUUCAGAAAAGUAUGUUUUGCAUGUAUUUUUUUACAGUCCAAAUUUUGACUGCUGAGAAGUUUCUAUUGUAAAAAACUUCAUUUAAAAGGUUUUUCUACUGAAUCCAGGGUAUUCUGAAGAUCGAAGCCUGUGUGUAAAAUGCUACCAGAUGGCAAAAAGCAACAAUAAACAAGUUUGAUUUUUACUUUUCUUUCUAAAUAUCAAUGCUUAACCAGAACCAUUCUUAAGUUAUCAGUAAAAAAGUAAAAAGUUAAAUAAAUGUCUUUCAGGAGUCCAUGAAACUUGCCAUAUUCAAUAUACCUGCGAUUAAGUGUUAAAAAAUACGCUGUAACUCUGUACUGCUAGUAUUAGAACAAAACUCUUCCCAUACAGCAAAUGCUUAAUGCUUACAUUAAUGUGGAUGUGUCGGCCUUUAUGUAAUCUGUAUUAUAUAUAGCAGGGAAUAAGAGCUACAGAUACAUGCCUUUAAAGGGCUGUUUCUUAAGGCUGUUACAAGGAGAUAAUGGUAUUUCAACUAAUUAUCAGCAAGUGACAAUACAUUCCACCACAGAUGGACUCUUGUUCUUCUAGCGUUUAGACUAUAUGAAAAUACUGGGUGCUUCAAAGUAUGGAAGGAGCGAAGGGAUCAUCAAACCUUGUCAUGGAUGAAGACUGCCUGUUCAUUUUUUAAAUAUGAUUUUCAGGUCCUUUGCUUACCAAAGGAGGCCCAAUUCACUCAAAUGUUUUGAGAACUGUUUAAAUAAAGGCAAGAAAAAUUGCUGAUGCAACUUGUUUUUACAAAGAAGUGUUGGUUUUCUUUUUAACUGUUGUAAUUAAAGUCCUGUAGUUUAUUUAGUGACUGAUGCAAUAUUGUUCUUGCUUCAAGAUAACAUUAAAUCUAUUUCUCAAAUAUAUUGGCCAAGUAGAACUGGAAUGAAUGUUUCUCUUUGGUGCGAGGUUGUAUUAAAUAACCUCCCAACAUGUCUGGGUAUUUUGCAAAGCAUGUUUUUAGUACAAAUCUGCUUCUGUUUAAGGCUGUUAAAAUGUAGGACUUACUAAGGGGCUUUUAGCACUUUGUUGUUACUUAGUAUAUACAGGUGUUCCAUAAGUGCUACAUAUUAUUAUAGUAUCCACUUGCAGAGGCAGUUUGGCUUAGAUUAAUUUGAUAUCUAAAAGCUUCAAGAAUUUCAGAACUACAGCCCCAGCACUGAGCUUGAGUUUAUGGUACUAGGGCAGGGAACACAGUGCUACCUAGAACAGUCUUGUUAAAUAAAACUUGCAUUGUACUGUGGGAAUAUCUGGAAAUCCCCCUUAUAAAUCUCAUUGAACUAAUGAGGGGCUCUAGUUUGGGGGCGGCAGGGGGGUUAGAGGGAAUAGUAGGGCUAAGUGUGGGUUUUCCGGACUGCCAUUGGAGCUAAGGAUCACAAGUGUCUUUCUGGACAGCCAAACUUACAGUAAAUGUAUCCCAGAAAAAGAGCACACUGAUGUUUUUGAUAACUAGGUUUCAUUUAGACCAUUUUUGUGAGGUAGCUUUUCACUUCCACUGUAUGGUUUCUUGUUACCUCCAGGAUGCAUUAGGAGGAAAAACCAUUGUUGCCUAUAAUGAAUGUGCUUGGGCAUCAGGUUAGUUUUAAAUGUAAAAUAACAGUUUGAAUUAGAUUUCCAAUUGGGCAUUGAUGAGAUACUGUUGUUGAAAUUCUAAGUCACAGUUUAAAUCUAGGUUUUCUUAGCUACACAAUAAAGGGUAGUGAAUGCCAUGAACUUGUGCAUGUUUACAGAUAGGAGUCUGCAAGCCUCAGAAGCCCUGGAUCUCCUGAACUGAGCUUUGUAGAUUUUGUUAACCACCAUGUGAAGUUUGAAAGUCAAACCUGAGUCUUUCAAGAGCAACAAGUUCUCAACAAGGUAUAGAAUGAGAGAAGAGAUCACACCUGUGUCAUGAACAAAGCCUGCUGCUCAUUCUGUAAAUAUGAUUUUCAGGUCCUUUGCUUACCAAGGAGGCCCAGCUCACUCUUAAUGUUUUGAGAACUCUUUAAACAUUCUCAGGUCCAACAAAACUAAUAAUAAAAAUGUAGAUGCAGGGCAUGCAAUGAAUAAAAUACUACAGUUUUAAGUA